AUGAACGAAUCACGCAAUAUUGAAGAUCUCCUGCAGACGGGCUUCUUCACUACUUCCAGGGCCAAGACUCCCAAGCCAUCUAGUACGGAUGCACCCGCUGUUCCUCCUCACGUUCCUCCUCACACUUCGAGCACCUCCAACAUCCUGCGACUCGCCCCUAACCCAGAUUCGUUCGUCCCACGAACUAUCGACUCGCCGUUGAGAAUUACCCGCCCCAGACAUAUCCCGCCCCCCCCGACCGUUGAAGAUGAGUCCGAAGCCCUUCUCAAGGAACACGGCAGCCUCGUGUCGGCAUCUACGGAUGAUCUGCCUCCGUCACGGGGUGACGCCGACCAGUACCCCAUCAUCAUGGAGGUUCACGAACACAACCCCGAACGCCGCUUCGUGCUGGUGCCCAAGUCCGCCAGUGGGACAGAGGACGAGGAAUCCGCCGACGAUGUAAAACGGCGACCUGUCCACGAGUCGCGCACGCCGAAACCCGCAUCCAACGGCGAUUAUGAAGCGAACACAGGGAGAAAAUAUCACUCGCCUCCGAUCGAAGACCGAAGCAGUGUCCAACGACCAGACUUCGAGAGGAAGAAGAGCAGGCAGGAUCUUCCACCACUCGAGACUGGCGUCGGAAAAGAGGAUACCCGCCCCCCAAAACACGAACGAACCAAGUCGGCAACUCGCGUGGAGCAGAAGUCGUUUGAUUACUUUUCUCCCCAGAACGACAACCGACAGGCCAAGGAAACACUGCUUUCACCGCAGGUGAUCAAGCAUGCAACGGGUGGUCGUGAGAAAGCGUACUAUGACUACUCCCAAACUGGCCGCAAAGGCGUACCCCGACCACAACGGAGCCGGUCCAAUCUCGGGGAUGACAGAAGGUUUGACGACAACUAUGCUCGUCAAACCUCGUCCAACCCACCGCCAGCUCGCCGCUCCAACACCAAUGUCGACUCUCCUCCCAAGGAGCCGAGGCACUUGUCGGGCGAUAGGAUUGUCGAGCCUUCUCGUUAUCAACGCGAACGAGUGGUCCCACGUGGUGAACGGCCGCAGAAGAAGGACCCGUCACUGCCUUAUGAUCGCCCGGAUCGUGAUCGCGAGAGUGACUCCAAGCGGACACCAACUUACAAGCGCGACCCUCCGCGACGAAGGGACGAUAGUGGCUCCAGCAGCAGUGAUUACGCGCAAGCGACGCCCCGAGCAGCGAAUGCACGGAGACGAAAUUCAAUUGUCAGUCAAGAAGAUCGAGAUGUUCUGUUGAGCCCAGAGCAACUAAGGGCUUCCCAACCUGGCAGGUCUAGAUCGCGUCCACCUCCACCCUCAGAAGCAGACAUGCCGUUUCCUCGAGCAUCAACCAAGUCAUUCACCGACGACAUCCCGCCUCCACCUCCACCUCGCUCUUCGCAAACGUUUCCGGUGGCAAGAGAAGCAAGGGACAGCGGAGAUAUCAGAGAAAAGAGCGUUCCAUAUCCCGAGGACGAUGUGUUGCCAAGGACGAGCCGCCUCAGCGUGCGCGAUUCUGAGCCGCCCAUUUCGCGGGCGCGCUCGCGGUCUCGUGCAUCCACGUUUAACAAUCCAGUGAUAGUUCCAGCGGUCAUGCCAACCAUGCCCGCUCCUGCUGGGCCACGGAACCCCGCCGAGAAAAGGAGGUCACCCGAGAGAAGGCCAAACUUGGGACAGUCCGCCGUCACGGCUCCAGCGACAGAGACAUGGCCGCCGGCUAAGUUUGACCCGGCGAAGAGCACGCCGAUCAUGGACGGACCGAGGGGCAGCUACCGGCGGUACUCUCAUGAUGUGGACCGAGGCGGCGUGCCUGAUUUCCCCGACUGCCCUCGGACGAAAGGUGUCGUUGGCAAGGCGGACUGGCUUAGCCUGCCGCGAUGCGACAAUUUCAACAUCUGCCCCGAUUGCUACAAUGGGGUGUUCCUCAACACGGAGUUCCGUAACGACUUCAUGCCCAUGCUCUUUCGCCCCAUGGACAAGCCGGUCGCUUGCGAUUUCGGCUCAUGUGGAUGGUAUCACAUUGCGUGGCUCUUAACGCUGAAGAACCACCUCACAGACUUGCGACUAUUUUACCAGGUCGCCAGCGUUGCCAGCAAGGUUACCAGUGGCGGUCAGCCGUGUCCGGGAGACCGCCGGAUCACACGCGUCUGGUAUUCGAUCAAGAACCCGUUCACGCAGGCGACAAUGCCGGACUUCACCGUCUGCUAUGAGUGCGCCAAAACCAUCGAAGGGCUUCUGCCGAAUCUGAUUGGAUUGUUUGUCACACUUCAUCCCGCAGCACAACCUACGCGGAGCGUCUGCGCAAUGCACUUCAACCCUGACAGGAAGCGGUUCGUCAUGUAUUUCGAUGCGUUGGAAACCACGUCGGACAUCGCACUCGCGACGACGCAAGCGCCCAAUAUCGGCAAGCUCGUGACAGACAUUGAGAGCCUAUCGGUUUUUGCCGAGUGCUCCAAAGACAACGCCGUCUUGGAUCAAAACUGGCACGUCAUGCAGUUCCUUCCCCAGUUCACCGUAUGCGGCGACUGCUUUGACGAAGUGGUUGCGCCUCAGUUGAGAGACGGCAACGUCAUCGCGCGGAAUUUUUACGUGAAGCCGCAACGCCUCGACGAGGCAUCAUGCCAACUGUAUUCCACCAGGAUGAAGACCAUUUUCGACAAGGCGUGCCGCCGCAAUGAUCCCAAGUACCUCGAAAUCAAGGUAACCGAGCGGCAAAAGGUGUUUGUGGAGACGUAUAAGAGGAUGGCCAAACUGGAGCAGGAAAGGACGCCCUGGGCGAGGGAAGAAAGCAAGAAGCUGCUUCAGGAAUGGGAAAAAUGGGAAUGA